CUGCUCUGCUCCUCCCAGGCAUGAAACUCUCUCACUACUGUGUAUAAAACUAUCUGUGUGACACAGGUCAUCAAAGAAAACUUUUAUCUCCUGCAAGCAUUUUAUGGAUAUACUGCUUUAACUGCUGCUGACAGAUCCACAUACUGGCUUUGUGAUGGGGAGAGGAUUAUAUCAUACUGCCCUGCUUCUGAUCAUUCAAGGAGCCUUUAUAAAAUUAUAUAUGACAUACAAUGUUGGACUCUCUGAUUCAAAAAUAAUCCCUGGACCACCAAAUGAACAAUUUGGAUAUGCUGUUCAGCAAUUUAAUAAUAAGGAUGGAAACUGGUUGCUUGUUAGUUCUCCCUGGAGCGGUUAUCCUAAGAAUAGGAUGGGAGAUAUUUACAAGUGUCUUCUUAAUCAUCAACAAACAAAAUGUGAUAAAAUGAAUCUUGCACGAGCAACAAUUAUUCCAAAUGUUACUGAGAUAAAAGAAGAAAUGAACCUUGGCUUAACCCUCAUAAGAAAUACUGAUUCAAAUGGAUUUUUGACAUGUGGACCCUUGUGGGCACAGCAAUGUGGAAACAACUAUUAUGCAACUGGAGUGUGCUCUGAUGUAAACUCAAAUUUCCAAGUACUAAGAAGUUUUUCUCCAGCUCUUCAAACCUGCUCAUCAUUCAUUGAUGUAGCUAUUGUUUGUGAUGGAUCAAACAGUAUUUAUCCAUGGCCAGCUGUUCGGAGUUUUCUUGAAAAAUUUGUUCAAGGACUUGAUAUAGGGCCAACAAAGACUCAGGUGAGUCUUAUCCAGUAUGCAAAUAAUCCCAGUGUGAUGUUUAAAAUGAAUGCUUACAAAACUAAAGAAGACAUGAUCAGAGCAAUAUCCGGUGUCAAUCAAAUGGGAGGAGACCAGACAAAUACGUUCAAAGCUAUUGAUUUUACAAGAGCAAAUGCAUUUUCUGAAGCAUACGGAGGUCGUCCAAAUGCAAGUAAGGUCAUGGUAGUCAUAACAGACGGUGAAUCGCAUGACAAUGCAAUAUUAUCGCAAGUCAUUGGAAAAUGUGAAAAGGAAAAGAUCAUCAGAUUUGGCAUAGCGGUUUUGGGCUACUACAUCAGAAACAACAUUGACAGUAAAAAUCUGAUAAAUGAAAUCAAAUCUAUUGCAAGUGAUCCAAAGGAGAAGUACUUCUUCAAUGUGUCUGAUGAAGGUGCAUUGCUGGAAAAAGCAGGAACUCUUGGAGAACGGAUUUUUAGCAUUGAAGGAACAACCCAAGGAGGAGAGACGUUCCAAAUGGAAAUGUCCCAAGUUGGAUUCAGCGCUCAAUAUUCACAAAACAAGAAAUCACUCAUGCUGGGUGCUGUUGGUGCCUAUGAUUGGAGUGGUACAGUUGUUCAAGAAAGUUCAAGCCAGUUUUCUAUUUUUCCUUUUGGUGCAUUUGAGAGUGUUCUUCACGAUCAUAACCAAAGUUCAUAUUUAGGAUAUUCUGUUGCUGUUCUUAACAUGGCAGACUUGGUACAUUUUGUGGCCGGAGCACCGAGAAAUAACUAUACCGGUCAGGUUGUGGUGUAUUCCAUUAAUAACAAAGGAAAUAUAACAAUUAUACAGAUUCAGAAAGGGGAACAGAUUGGUUCAUAUUUUGGAAGCGUGUUAUGCGCUGUAGAUGUUGAUAAAGAUUCUGUGACAGAUGUUCUCCUGGUGGGAGCUCCCAUGUACAUGAAUGAGUUCAAAAAAGAGGAAGGACAAGUAUAUAUGUUUUCAGUGACCAAGGGAAUAUUAGAUCAACGUAUACAGUUGGAAGGUCCAAAAAAUGUAGAUAACUCUAGAUUUGGAGCAGCUAUAUCAGCAAUUUCAGAUAUUGAUUUGGAUGGUUUUAAUGAUGUGAUUGUUGGAGCACCAUUGGAAAAUGAAAAUAUUGGAGCAAUUUACGUUUUCAAUGGGAACAAAAAUACAAUAAGAACCAAAUAUUCUCAGAAAAUCCUAGGUUCCUCAUUCAGCAAACCUCUCCUAUAUUUUGGAAGAUCACUGGAUGGGCACAGAGAUUUGAAUGGUGAUUCUAUUACAGACCUAUCAGUUGGCGCUUUUGAUACAGUUAUUCAACUAUGGUCACAGGGGAUUGUUGAUGUGACAGUGAUAGCUUCAUUUACACCUGAACAGAUCAUCCUCACAAACAAAAACUGUGAAGUAUCUGUAAGAAUAUGUUUCAGCUCUGUGUUUAGACCUGCUAAUUCCCCAAACCAAGUGGUUAUCUCAUAUAAUGCUACAUUGGAUGCUGAUCUACUCUCAUCCAGAGUAACUUCUAGAGGACAAUUUAAAGAAGGUGGCGACCGGUUUAUACAGAAAAAUAUUCAGAUCAGUAAUAAGGAAACAUGUAUUGAACAUAUUUUUAAUGUCCAGGAGACUUCUGAUUCAGAGAACGCCCUAGCGCUACGGAUUAAUAUUGCAAAUCAGAAGCCUGGAACAAGUCCCGUCUUAAACCCAUAUUCAUCUUCCUCAAGUGAAUGGUUUAUCCCAUUUCUGAAGGACUGUGGUGAGGAUGAAGUUUGCAUCUCGGAUCUUUCUCUACAGAUUACUCAGAAACCAAGUGAUGUCACACUGCCAUACAUAAUCAGUAAUAAAAACAGACAGUUACUAUUUCAAGUGACACUAACCAACAAAGAGGAAAAUGCAUACAACACUAAGCUGAAUGUUGUUUUCUCAGAAAACCUCUUCUUUGCAUCUUCAACUUCUCCAAGUGAUGGAACAGAAGUAUUAUGCCAAGUUGGUUCUGUACACAACUCAGUCAGCUGUUUGGUGGGCUUCCCUUUUUUAAAAAAAGAUCAAAAGGUCACGUUUGACAUUGGGUUUGAUUUUAACCUGAAAUAUCUUCAGAACAAAGCAUUUAUAUACUUCAAGGCUUCAAGUGAAAGUAAGGAAAUCUAUGAAGGAGACAAUGCGGUCAACAUAUCUAUCCCAGUGCAGUACGAUUCAGAGAUCCACUUUACAAGGACUACCGACAUAAACUUUUACGAAGUAUUUCCGGAUGCUAGUGUGUUUUCUGUGGUUACGAAUUUUGAUGAAAUCGGUCCAGAAUUCAACUUUACACUGAAGGUCCGUACUGGAACGAUUCCAGUUAGUGGAGCAUUUAUAACCAUCAGUAUACCAGAGUUUACGAAGGGGGACAAUCCGCUAAUGUACAUCACAGGCGUUCAGACCAGUCAGGAUAAUGGAGUUACGUGCAAUGCUCCAGUAAAUCCACUGCAAUUAGGAAAACAAUCACAUUCACCAUCGUUCAAAGAAGAGAACCUUAGGAAUGUACAAGAAUUGAAUUGUAAAACUGCCAAAUGUACAACGAUUAAAUGCUCACUUAAAGAUCUACAACUCAGGGAAGACUACUUUGUCAAUAUAUCUACCAGAAUCUGGAACGGCACAUUUGCAGCUUCUUCUUUCCAGGCUUUAGAGCUGGUUGCAAGUGCCAAAAUCGAAACUUUCAACUCAGAAAUAUUUGUGACCAGCAAUGACAAUUUAACAAUUCCACUAACAAUAAUAAAACCAGGAGAAAAAUCUGAAGUACCUAUUGGGGUUGUGAUCGGAAGUGCCAUUGCCGGACUGCUGUUACUUGCUGCACUGGUUGCUUUGCUGUGGAAGCUUGGUUUUUUCAAGAGAAAAUAUGAAAAGCUUCAGAAAACAGAUGAUGAAAUUGCAGAGACCACACAAUUAAAUUAAAGUACAGAAAACCAACUUUGGACUCACCUCUACAAACACUGCCCUCAAGCUGUAAGCACUGCAAUGACUGAGGUGUCUUUAAUUGACAUUAGAUUUUGAAACAAUGAAUCACGGGAUUUUAUCUUCUGAAGAAAUAUAUUCUUUUAUAAAACUGCAGGGCAGUUUUGGGUACAUUAGUUUUAUAUCAGUUACUAGCUGGUCUGGGGUACUUUGCUGCACAAAAGCUAAGCUUGGAACAAUAAGGUUGCCACCUUAUAAAGCUGCCAUUUUUGCAUAUUCAGUAGGUUGUACAUUUUAAUUGUUUGAUGUUUUAUUGCAUUGUGCUGUUUGAAUACAGAGACAAAACAAACACUUGUCAAUAAUGUGUUUGUUCCUAUGAUUAAAAAUGCACUGUUGUUCAAAUCACCAACAUAGUUUACAUGUGCUGAUAUAUAGAGGACUUAAAUCAUUACCUAAAGAUCCCCUUUCAUCAAAUGUCUUAAUAAUAGACAUUGACAAUCUAAGUAACUAUUGGCUGGAUUAGGAUGUUUUGAAUGGGUAGUGUGUUCUACCAACAUUUGCAGUGUAAAGGUUCAUCAUUAUAAGUAACUAGGUUGACCUAGAUUUUUGAUAUCUAUUUUUGCUACAAUUCCUGUAUUGUGAAAGGAGAGAGACAUAUAACAACAGUGAAUGUAGAAAACAAAGAACAAUGUAGGUGCAUCUAUACAUAACACUGAAAAGUACUGCACUAAUGUGUCAGUAACUGUUACCUCAUCCCUGACGGGAGAAUUCAUUUUCUAGAGUGUAUUUGUUCAGUCAAAUAUAUGCAUGUCGUAUAAGUCCUUCCAAGUUUUUACAAGAUGAAAUGUGAACAAUUUCUAAAAGGAAAAGCAUUUUCAAUACCAAAGAAACAUUUAUUUAGCUAUAUUUGUCCUUAAGAUUGGUUAUCACUGUGUAUUUAUAAAUAAUGCUCAAUUGUUAAAAAGUAUUGUGGUUUUUUUUUUUGGGGGGGGGGGGGGGGAGUGUAUAUUUUAUUUUAAGCACAGUUGACCAUGGAUUAUUGAUAGUAGUUUGCUUAAAAAGAUAUUGGAAAGCCCGAUCUGUAUAGCAACCGUGUUUUCCUGAAAAAUACUUGAUGAACACAGAUAGUCAGACAAUAAAGAAUUACUCAGCUGUGUUAA